UCUGCAAUUUGCCAGUAGUUGUGAGAGAGAGAGGGAGAAAGGCAGGGAGGGAAGGAAAAAAGACUUAACUGCCAAAUGUAAAGAAAAGCCCCUUUUAUCCUGGAGAGAGAAUAUUUUAAAACAAAUCUCAGACCAGAAGAAAAGCCCGUGGGAAGGGAUGAGCCAGGCAAGAUCUGGGGAAGCACAGGGUCACCAAAGGCAAUAUCCAUGCCGACCCUGAUCUUUCUGCAGAGGAUCUGAGGCAGCAUAGAGGCAGGGUGGGCCAGCUGGAUGCACUCACUACCCUGCACGAGUAGGUGCUGCUCCUGAAAUUCUUUCCCCACAGCAGAGGCUACAAAGUACAACUUGCAAGAAAAGGCAGUGGGAGUGGGAGAGACUCUGCCUCUCCUUUUCUUGAACUGAGCCUGUGAGGAAAAGAGCUCAUCUGCUCAAAGGGAAAAACUACCACCAGUUCUGAGACUCUUCUUUAACCUAAGUUGGUUGCCUGAUCCAGUACUUACAUCCAUGGGGGAACGCCCUCUGGAGCCCUGCGGUCCUUCCCAAUCCUGCUAAGUUCUUGGGAAAUACUGGAGAAGAACUGAGCCCAGAACAAGCAGCGUGGGAUCCACAGAACAACAGCCUUUUACAACAGCAGCCACCUCUGAUUAAAAUUAUCAGCUUCAUCAGACUGCACCAAGACCCAGGACUGCUCCUCCUGGGAAAGAGAGGACCAAGCAAUGAUGAAGACUAUGUCUGGUGGAAACUGCAACCUGAAUGUGCCGGCCAAGAACUCAUACCGCAUGGUGGUGCUGGGAGCCUCCAGGGUGGGAAAAAGCUCCAUCGUCUCACGCUUCCUCAAUGGCCGCUUCGAGGAUCAGUACACUCCCACCAUCGAGGAUUUCCAUCGCAAGGUCUACAACAUACGGGGAGACAUGUAUCAGCUGGACAUCCUGGACACCUCUGGGAAUCACCCUUUCCCUGCCAUGAGGAGGCUUUCCAUCCUAACAGGGGAUGUUUUCAUCCUGGUGUUCAGCCUUGACAACAGAGAAUCCUUUGAUGAGGUCAAGCGACUCCAGAAACAGAUCCUUGAGGUCAAAUCCUGCCUGAAGAACAAGACCAAGGAAUCAGCUGACCUCCCCAUGGUCAUCUGUGGCAACAAAAAUGACCACAGUGAAAUCUUCCGCAAGGUACGCACCGAUGAAGGUGAGAAUCUUGUCUCCAGUGAUGAAAACUGUGCUUACUUUGAAGUGUCGGCCAAGAAGAACACCAAUGUGGAUGAGAUGUUUUAUGUCCUCUUCAGCAUGGCCAAGCUACCUCAUGAGAUGAGCCCUUCCCUCCACAGAAAAAUCUCCAUCCAGUAUGGUGACACUUUCCAACAGAAAUCCUUUCGGAUGCGCCGAGUCAAGGACAUGGACGCCUAUGGCAUGAUCUCUCCCUUCGCUCGCCGGCCAAGUGUCAACAGUGACCUGAAGUAUAUCAAAUCAAAAGUUCUCAGGGAAGGGCAGUCCAGGGAGAGAGAGAAAUGCACAGUCCAGUGAAGGAGGCUUGUGCUUCUGUCUGAAGACAACAUCCACAUGCAGUGCCUUAAAGAAAAAUGGUCUGUGGAAGCAAAGAACAGGCUCGUGGGGUUUAUUGAGAAAACCCAACAUGGAGAAAGGAUAACUUCCUGUGGAUUCUGCUGAGUCACAAAUGUAAAUAACAUCAUCCUUGAAGAUGACUGGGAAUAAUCAUACAGCUGAGAUACAAGUGCAUUUUUUUGUCUUUGUAAUGUAGUUCCUCUUGAUUCCCCUUUCUGUUUGAAAAAUACAGUCCUGAGAAGUAAAGACAUUUCACCCCUAUUGUUACAAAGAAAAUAGAUCAAAAAUGUACAGAAGGCAUUAACAGUGACCCAGCAUGCAGCUCUUGCUAAGAGAGAAGAGGUUAUAUGUGUAUGUGUGUGUGUGUGUGUGUGUGCGUGUGUGCGUGUGUGUAUCUCUGUGUGCCCAUGUGCAUGUCUGCAUGCAUGUGUGGAGCUCUCAUUUUAAAAAGUGGGACUUGCAUUUCAAAGAGCAGCAGUCUUAACUGAGCAUUCCCAGACUGGGAGUGGACUCUAUAUAUGGAUGCAUGACUUUCACUCACUUCCAAGGGCACCUGCAUUAAGAACUUGGUUUUAUGUUUGUUGGAACAGCUACCAUUUGAUAUUGACAUGAUUGUUGGUUUGUAGUAUAGAUUUUAUUUGGGAUUUGUUGGUUCUUUUUAUUGUCUGGGGGUGGGUUUUUAGCAAAAUUAGAUGGCAAAUGCAUUUGAUAUUAAACAGUGUCUGCUUUCUACCAGUGAAA